AUGGAGGCCAAAGAUGACUUCUGGGCCUCUUUGGGCUCACCGGUAUACGUAGCUGCGCCCAUGGUGAACCAAAGCGAACUGCCUUUUAGGCUGCUCUGCCGACGUUACAACACCCAGCUGGCGUUCACUCCCAUGCUGCACGGGCGCAUCUUCGCUGAGAGUGAUAAGUAUCGCGCAUUGCACUUCCAAACAACGCCCGAGGACUCUCCACUUAUCGCACAACUGUGUGGCGAUGAUGCGGCGUCGUUGGCUAGUGCCGCUGCGCACCUCAAGGGGAAGGUGGCAGCGGUGGACAUAAAUUUGGGAUGCCCGCAGGGCAUCGCCAAAGACGGGCACUACGGAGCGUACCUGCUUGAUGAACCCGAUCUAGUUACGGGGAUCGUAAGCAGGAUCACUCAGGAGGUGGGGAUCCCGGUCACGUGCAAGAUACGCAAGGUUGAAAAGAAUUCGCUACAAUCCACGCUCAACUUGUGCUACAGCCUCGAGCAAAGCGGGUGCCGUGCGCUGACAGUCCACGGCAGGCACAGGUCGGAGAAGGGCCAGCUGACACGGGAGGCAGAUUGGGAGGCCAUUCGCAUCGUAAAGUCGCGCGUGAGAAUACCGGGUGAGCAUACCUAUUUGCGACAAAAUGAGUGCGUAGUUAUCGCAAAUGGAGGUAUAGAAACUUUCGAGGACGUUCGUCGAUGUCUCGAACACACCGGGUAUGUCGCCCUGCGCUGUGCAUUACAAGUGCUCAGCGCCGACGCAGUGAUGUCGUCUGAGGCGCUGCUGGAGAAGCCAUACCUCUUUUCUGGCCGCACGUACGACCACAUCGACAUAAUGCAGGAGUACCUCGACCUUGUUCGGCAGUACCCGAACCACCCGCCCUGCUGCAUCCGCGGCCACGCCUUCAAACUUUUGCAUCAGCACUGCCAGCGCCACCACGAGAUACGCGACUUGCUAUCGGCUGCGCUGAGCGUUGACGACUUCGAGCGGGCGUUGGGUGAGCUGCGGCGAGUGGUCAACCCCGCCUGGAGCUACACACACCCAAGUGAAUCCUGGUACCGGAGGCACCGUAACCCCGUCGACAACGCGCCCAAGGCCAUGCCACCUGCUAACUACGAAGCAUCUCUCGGCGAGGGUCUCGCAAACUUCUUCGACUUCUAG